GGGAUCAGUUCAGGCCAAAGAGGGUUUCUUCUCUUUCCGUUGUUGCUUCUUAUUGCGCAUCUCCCCUUUAUUCGCUCCUCACAUUCUCAUGGACAAAAGUCAAGCCAAGUUCAACAUGAAACGAGGAGCUUUCUUUGGAGGGACGGUAGGGUUAUGUAUGGGUAUCGCCAUUGGUUCUGCCAAUCUCCUGGGAUUCAGUAGCCGACCGUAUGUACAGACGGUGUCUCGAUACAUGGCAAGCUCAUUUGUAUCCGUAGCAGCAUGGCUCAGUAUUCGGGGGCUGAUGUCACGAGAACGAUUCCCCAGUUUAUUAUAUCAAUCAGGAGCAGCGCAUGCCAAUACACCAUUAGAACACCUACGCUUGCUGAAUAACGCACCUGCCUCCAUUUCUCUUCCAAGGCCGAUGCCAAUAUUCGUGCACAGCAGAUGUGCAUAAGUGAUCGGCGAUGCAAUUUUUUUUUCUCCACCUUCUGUUCCAAGGCUCAGAUGUCUCUUUCACUCGACGAGGCUGCAGGUGACAAAAAGCCAACGACAGAAAGGGAAUCCUGGAAAGAGUAUUUAUUUCCUUUUGAUGAUAUCCCA